AUGUUGCUCGGAAAAAAGAACGCAUUGAUGUUUCCUCUCUGCACACAAAAUGUUGGACGAAUUCGCCAUGACGAGGUAUCAUCUGCGCUGCCCUUUGAUCCCUUUCUUGAUCUGAACCGUUCUUGAUCUUCUCCUACACCAAGUCAGCGGUUUACUACUCCAAGACAAAGCCAUUGCUAAGAACCAAAGGAUUAGUUCAGACGUUGCCGUCUUUAAAUUCGUCAAGAAUUGCCUGGAUUCUCCCAUCUUAUGUGUAUAUUUCGCGAGCGUCGAGUCAAAACUAGCUCGGGACACGACGACGAAGUGCAAGGAUGGGUGGUCAAGUCAGAGGGAGUGGUGCACUGGUGAAGGUGAGCGAUGUCGCCAGGCGGUGAUGGCAUUGGCACGAUCGAUGGAGGGCAAGACGGUGAAGAUCCUCGCCGGCACGGCCGCGGCCGUGCUGGUGGCCCUCGAGCUCACUCUAUUCCUCUGCUUCCGCCUGUCGAGGCCGUUCUACCUCUCGACGGCAGUCAUCCUCUCGGUUGUGCUGGCGGGCACCGUCGCGGCGCUGCUGUGUCACGCGCUGAGCCCGCGGGGCCGGGCCGAGCGCAUGGCUAGGCGGCCUGUGCUGGAUGGUGGCGAGGAGGUGUCGGUGCGCGUGGAGUACAGCUUCUUCCGGAAGGUCGCCGGGCUGCCGAGCAGAUUCUCGCUGGAGGCGCUCGCCGCGGCCACGGACGACUUCCGGUACGUGGUGGGGCGGGGCUCAUCGGGGACGGUGUUCAGAGGCAUCCUCGACGACGGCACGGCCGUGGCGGUGAAGCGGAUCAACGGGUCCGAGCACGUGGACAAGGAGUUCAAGUCGGAGGUGUCGGCUAUCGGCAGCGUGCAGCACGUCGGCCUUGUGCGCCUCCUCGGGUUCUGCCUCGUCCCCCACGGCCCGCGCUUCCUCGUCUACGAGUACAUGGAGAACGGUUCCCUGGACAAGUGGAUCUUCCCGCACGCCGGCGGCGGCGGCGGCGGAAGGUGCCUGACGUGGGCGCAGCGGUACCAGGUCGCCGUGGAUGUGGCCAAGGCGCUGACGUACCUGCACCACGACUGCCGCGCCAAGGUGGUGCACCUGGACGUGAAGCCGGAGAACAUCCUACUCGACGACCGCCUCCGGGGGAUGCUCUCGGACUUCGGGCUGUCCACGCUGAUGGGGAAGGAGCAGAGCCGGUUGGUGACGACGGUGCGCGGCACGACGGGGUACCUGGCCCCGGAAUGGCUCCUCGGCGCCGGCGUCACGGAGAAGUCCGACGUGUACAGCUACGGGAUGGUGCUGCUGGAGAUGUUCGGCGGGCGGCGGAACCUGCAGGCGGAGCCCGGACCGGGCGGGUCGCGGCGGUGGUCAUACUUCCCCAAGAUCGUCGCCGACAAGGCCCGGGAGGGGCGCGUGAUGGAGGUGCUCGACAGGCGGCUAGUCGCGUCCGGGGAGGCGGCGGCGGACGAGGCGGGGGUGAGGCGGCUGGCGCACGUGGCGCUGUGGUGCGCGCAGGAGAAGGCCAGCGCGCGGCCGACCAUGGCGCGCGUGGUGGAGAUGCUGGAUGCGAGGGGCGGCGCCGCGGUGGAGCCGCCGCCACCGUCGGAGAUGAUCGUGGUCGACCUGCUCGCGCUCGACCCCGCGCGCACGCACCGCGGUGGCCCGUUCGGGCUGCCGCCCCGGGGCUCGGCCGGGACGGCGUCGUCGUCGGUGAUGAGCGUGGGCGAGUCGUUCGCGCUCUCCUACUUGUCGGGGCGGUAGCGUCUGCUCCGCCGCGCGCGGUGGCAAUGUGUGAGGGAACUGGGGAUCGCCACUCCGGAAUUCUUAAAAAAAAAAAAAGGCUUUUGCUUCAGCAACAGUUGAUUGGGUGCGCACAGGGAAGUGUGGAAACGAAGGCUCAAAUUUUAGCUUCAAUUGAGCUGCAUCGCUGGAACUGGAAUAGCAUCAAGAAUUCAAGCUCGUCCAUUCAAAAAAUAACUCAAGUUUGUGCACAUAAUACGAGUCUGCAUUCUUUAUUUUUCCUUUUUCAUGUUACUGCAAUCCAUGUAACGUAUGGUUUUGGUCACCAUAUCAAUUUGUACACGGUAACAUAAAUUUGA